AAGCCGCGAGCUUCUGGAAAAGCCAACAACCAAUCGCGUUCGUGCCCACUCGCCCAGGACUUGAGCUGUGAUGCAUUGAAACUCCCACGAAUUGUCGUAAAACGCGAAACUUUUUGAGUUAAUGACGUUCUCAUGGUGCGUUUCCUGGUUCGCCGGUUGUUGUGUGACGCCUAAACCGUAAGCCGAUCACCCUGGGUCGGCCACACGGAGCAGCUGAGCACCGCUAAGCUCUCGUUAACUCCCGGAAAUGUCCCCCCCGGACAAAAGCGUCCUGCUGCUGCUUUUUCUUGUGCUGGUCGUCCAAGGUCCCGAGGCGAGGGCGGACGAGUGCGCCGAUGUGAGCAACACCACGUGGCGGCAGUACCGCCAGCAGAGGCAGCAGCGGGCGCAGCCGCGGGUUCUCUACCUGCUGAUGACCCGAGAGCGCCCGGGCUGCGCGCAGGCCUUCCACAAGGCGCCGGGGAGCGCCUUCAAUGUCACACGGCCCACCAAGGUCAUCAUACACGGAUACAGGGCCCUGGGCAGUAAGCCUCGGUGGGUUUUGGAUCUGGCCGAGGCGCUGCUGGCGGUGGAGGACGCGAACGUGCUCAUGGUGGACUGGGUCUCCUGCGCCUCGUUCGCGUACAAUCUGGCGGUGGACAACUACAAGGAGGUGGCGCUGUACAUCUCGGUCCUCGUCAACCGGCUGCAGAAAGACGGGUGCAAGCUAGAGUUGUUCCACUUCAUUGGCAUCAGUUUGGGGGCGCACGUGGCCGGAUUUGUGGGAACGCUCUUCGAGGGAAAGAUCGGAAGAAUCACGGGUUUGGACCCGGCUGGUCCCAUGUUUAAGAACGCAGACACCUUCGACCGUCUGGAUCCAUCUGACGCACAGUUUGUGGACGCCAUCCACACCGACUCCGACUACUUCGGCAUCUCCAUCCCGGUCGGCCACGUGGACUUCUUCUUGAACGGUGGAAACGACCAGACGGGAUGCGCACGAUCCCGAUUUGCCUCUGUUUUGGGCUUGUUUCCAGUGUACGGCUAUGUGAUUUGCGACCACAUGAGGGCCCUGCACGUGUACAUGAGCGCUCUGAACUCGUCGUGCACUCUGAGCGGCAUCCCGUGUGACAGCUACCAAAACUUCCUGCAAGGACGAUGCCUCCACUGUGACACCUUCAGGGGAAGGUGUCCCACCAUCGGUUUGUCAGAAAAUUGCGGCGUCACUUCAACUCCCCUCCCCAAGGAGCAGAAGUUGUUCCUCUUCACUACGUCUCUGCCACCUUUCUGUGCUCAUCACAUACUGCUUGUGUUGGAGACUUCUGCUCUCACUAAAAGCGCUGAAGUGGAAGUGACACUGACCACCGGUGACCUGGAGAGACGACGACGACUCUGGCUUCAAACAGAAACAACAGUGUACAGGACGGUGUUGACUCACCCGGUGGUGCUAUGUGAGAUCCACUCCAUCACCCUGAAAAACACGGGCGCCCGCUUCUACCGUCAAAACGACAUCCAUCUCAAGUCCGUCUGUCUGUCCCAGAUGGCCUCACCCACGCACGAGGAGCCACUGUGCGUGAACAACAUCAACAUUCGACGAGGAUCUCCGUGGUCACAUGACUUUGUGCAGGUGUGCAGCCUCUUCUGAAGCCCCCUCCAGAGACCAAACGUAGAAAAUGCGAGGGCAGCAAAAAAGCGGAACGGCGCGGAAAAGUGGAGUAGGCCAACAUUAGCGUGUUUUUUUUUUUUUUUUUUUUUUUAAUAAUGCGUUUCUAGCCAUGCACCCGCAAAUUACUGAAUGCAUCAAUUUCAUCCAAGAGGAGACUGGGGGUAGUAACAAAACAGGGCACUGCAGCCAAGUGGAGACUGUUGAGUAGGAUAAGUUACCAUGUGUGUUUAUUGUUCUCAUUUCACAUGCAUUUACAUACUGUAAAAAAAUUUUAAAAUUUUUUUUUAAAAAAUAAUAUAUAUAUAUAUAUAUAUAUAUAUAUAUAUAUAUAUAUAUAUAUAUAUAUAUAGCCUGUACAUGAAGCAUUCCAGGAAGUAGACAGUCACAAAACAACAUUUUCACUGCACAGAAGCUUUAUGGAGAACAGUUGGCCCCUUGUGGUAAUAAAUCAACCAUAAUUGGAUAAUUUCAACUUAUAUCGGUGUAUAUUCAAUAUUAAUAGUUAAAAACAUGCUAAUGGAUAACUGCAUUAACACAUUUUUAACUUAUUUACAGAGGAAGCACUUCAUUUCUCUAAUUUCUGAACAGAACCAAAAAAAAUGUGGUCCGAAUAGUGAAAGUCUUAAAAUAAGUCAAAAGACAAAAUGGCGUUGUCAGAGUUUGGGAGUGUCGGUGGGAGCUAGCGGCGCUCGACUCCUCUGGAAGCGACCUGCUCCUCCACCCAUGGCGCCCCCUGUCGAGACAAAUAGGAAUCAAAUACGACUGUACACAACAACGGGAAAUCUGUCACUUAAUGGCGUCCAUUUUGCUGACGCAUUAAAAACCCAAUCAGGAAUUCAAAAAUCUGAAUACUGUGAAGAAAUCUGCCCAAAUUUUGCAGGCCAUAAAUGUUUUAAACUAAGUGUCACACACUAAUCACCUCCUAAACUCAAAGCAUCUGAACAGGUUUCCCAAGGUGUCAUUAAAUUGCUUCAGUUUGGUUCAAUUGUCUCAGUUGAGUUCAAUAUGGGGAAGACUGCAGACUUGACAACUGGCCAAAGACCAUCAUUGAUACCCUCCAUAGGAUAGGUAAACCACAAAAGUUCAUAGCUAAGGAGGCUGGCUGUUCACAGAGUGCUGUGUCCAAACAUAUCAAUGGAAAGUCUAGUAGAAGGACAAAAUGUGGCAAGACAAGAUGCACCAGCAAAAGAGAUGACCGUGGGCUUCAGUAGAUUAUCAGAGUGGAAUGAGGUGGGAACCACAUCUUAAAAAAAACACACACACAUUCAGACACAACCACAACUACUCCGCAACAACUGUCGGGUUCCUCGGGUCAAGCCACUUCUGAGCCAACGUAGGAAGCAUCUCAACUGGGCCAAGGAGAAGAAGGACUGGACUGUUGGCUAGUGGUCCAUGGUCCUCUUUUCCGAUGAAAGUAAUGUGUGCCUUUCAUUCGGGACUCAAGGUCCAAGGGUUUGGAAGGUCAUGAUUUAGGGUGCAAUGUCUAGUUUAGGUGUUGGUAAACUCUGCUUUCUGAAACCCAAGGUCACGUAACAGUCUACCAGAAUGUUUUAGAGGACUUCAUGAUUCCUUCUGCUGAUGAUCUGUAUGGAGAUGCAGAUUUUAUCUUCAAGCAGGACCUGGCCCCUGCCCAUACCGCCAGAAGCACCAAAACCUGGUUUGAUGCCCAUGCCAUCAAAGUGCUUGACUGGCCAGCCAACACGCCGGAUCUACAGUAAACCCCAUUGAGAAUCUAAAGGAGGAAAAAGAGGAAAGAGGAAAAUGAGGGGCACCAGACCCAAAAACAAAGACGAACUGACAGCAAGCAUCAAAUCUGGCCUUCCAUAACUCCCAGGCAAUGCCACAGGCUGAUUACCUCAUUGCGAUGCCACAUCCAGGCAGUGAGUAAAGCAAAGGGAUUCCCAACCAAGUAUUUAAGAGUAACAUAUCACUUUGAAAGUACCAUAUUUUGAUAAAUGUAAUGUGACCCUAAUGUCUUUUUCUUCCGACAAAAGCUGUAAAAUUGUGAUUCCCCCCCCCCCCGCCCCCCCACAGUAUUCAAAUGUUUUGAAAUCCUGAUUUCGUGGCUUUUAUGACCUGGAAGCCCAAAUUAUGUAAAAAUAAACAAAUAAAUAGUUGAAAUUGUUAAAAUUGUGGGCCCUGAAUCUAUAAUCUAUGAACGUUUAACUUUUUGAAUGGAAUUAUGGAAAUAAAUAAACUUUUCCAUCAUAUUAAUUUUUUUUGGAAAAGGUCUGUGUGUGUGUGUGUGUAUAUAUAUAUAUAUAUAUAUAACACACACACACACAUACAUAUAUAGACAGUGCCGUGAAAAGGUAUUGGCCCCCUUCUCAAAUUUUAUUUUUGCAUAGUUUCCCCCACUUUAAUUUUUAAGAUCAUCAAACAAAUGUAAAUAACUGACAACUAUAACCCAGGUGAACUUAAAAGGCUGAUUUCAUUUAUUAAGGAAAAAAACAUAUUACUAAUAUAUGUAAUUUGUUAGUGUUAAAGGUGGCAUCCAUGCACACAAAGUAGCCAGGCGACACACCACCCCCUACCCAAGUGCAGUACUUACAUGUAUCUUAAGCGGGUGAGCCAGUGUGUUAGCUCCGGACCCCCUUGCGCCCCCUCUACCUCAAAUAAUCCCUCUCACUGCCAUAGUCUGUUAAGGAUCCCGCCACGUCAGCAAAGUCCUCCAGGACCAGGCUGGUGGAGUCCUCACCAGAAGGCAGCUCCGGGUCCGACGGCCACGGCUGUCCGACAGGGGUCUUAGCCUCGUGUGCCCGGUCCGGGUCCGACUCCAGGCAAAGAGGGCGGUCCGCCCGAUCGGGGGGCCCGCCCUCGCUGCUCUGCGAUGAAGGAGCCAGGACGUGGUAGAGGCUGGGAAGGCGGAUGUCCAGCAGGACUCCGCUCUUGAUAUACAACUUGUUGUUGAGGUUGUACAGCUUCUCCGCGAUGUCGUAGCCAAGCAUGACAGCGAACAGGCGGCACACGUAACGUUCCUUGGACAUGAGGGAGAAGAGGCGCCGGCGGCGCCACGACACGUAGCGACAGUCCUCCUCCGCCAUCAAAGUAACCUGAAAGCCCCAAAAAACUGCUUUACAAAACACAAAGCAGGAAAGGAAUAGGACGUUUGGGCUGGUCUUCUGCAAAGGUUGAAUGGAGGCAACUGGACCCUUCUUGUUUGUUGAAGACAUUUCACCUGUAAUCCAAAAGGCCUUUUCAAUUCAAAAUGUUUAAGUGCAGAGUCUAGGGAGGGGUGAAUACCGAUACCAGGUAUCAGCAUUGGGUCAAUACCGGCCUUAUUUCAAGGGAUCGGAUACUUGUGAAGGCUGCAGACACCAGCCGCCGACACUUGGGGCAAAGAAAUCCAACAUCGAGUCCUUCUCGGCAGUAGUUGGCGUUACACUGCGCCAGUUUUAGCUGUCAUUUUAUUAAUUAAAACUGUAUGAAAUAAUUAGAGGUAUCGGGACUCUGUAUCGGUGAGUACUUGAGUGAAUACUCAUCCUAGUAUCGGUCUGAAAAAAGUGGUAUCGAACAUCCCUAGUGGACUCCCCCCUAUUUAUGUCCCUGUUGGGGGUUGUCAAAAUAGGGCUGUUGUUGCCCAGCGUGGCUGGUGAAUAACCAACCUUUAUACCAACUGGUCGUGAACCUGCCUGCUGGACAAACAUCGUAUUAGUGGCCACUCUUCCCAUGGAAUGAGACAUUUUCCAAGGAAUUUAAUUUAGAAAAAGGAAAAUUACAUAUUUUUGAAGAGCAAAAAAUAUUAUUUUCCAUUAAAACAAUACUCUUCAUUUUUUUUUGUAUGUCAGUUUGCCAAUAAUUCUUUUUUAGUUUUAUAAAUAUUCAAAAGAAGUAUUUUUUGAAGGAAACAAGCAAUAAUUUUCCCAGAACAAAAAUGUGAUUUUUUUUCCCCCCCAGAAUUGUUUAAUUUUAAUAUUUUUAAAAAAGCAUUUUAUAAAGGAAAGAAGCUAAAUUCUUUUCAGGAAAGAAAUACAUUUUCAGAAGAAAAAAAAUAAAUAAAUUCAGAAAAGUUGAAAACAGGAGAAAGAAAUAUAAUUUUAAAAAAUUAGAUUUUCAGAUGAAAAGAGAAACUCUUUAAAUGAAAAAUAGAUUUUUUUUAAAUAUUUUCCUUUUUCUGAAGAAAGAAGAAACAACAUGCGGUUUAGCAAAAUGUAGCGUGGUGGUACCUGGAACUUUCCAUCUUCAUGGGGCCGCAGGGACUCCCACUCGGGCGAGUCAAGGAACUGGUGUCGGUGGAUGUAGUGCAGGAACUGACCCUCCAGAGAUACGUUGAUCCUGACGUCAAGUGUGACAAGGUUAAAAAGGGAAAGGGAGAUUAGAGCGUUAGAGGUCAAUGGCUUAGUUUAGGUGACUUUCGUCAAACAUUUGCAUAAUGAGCUCCACAGGGGACGAACAAAUACUUUACAUCGCAGUGAAUAUAUAAGCUCCGUUUGUUCCUUUGCCAGAGACUAUGGAUAAAGUCAUCAGGACACUCCUCAGUCGGUGGUAGGAGAUGAGGCUUUAAGAUAAUCCACGAACUAAAACUGGAUCACAUUAAAGAUUCCUCUUUCUCCUUCACAGUUCCAUGUUUCAUUCCAGUUGCUGCAUCCAAUCUAUGUUAUACUUUCUUCUUGGUCACUUUUACCUGAGUUGACCUAAGCAGAAUUCAAGGCUGUUUAAUACAAAAUAGUGAACAAAUACUGAAAACAAGUUCUAAAUUUUCUAGUUUUAGUUUGUUGAGAGAGGAAAAAAAGCUGUUUUUCUAAAGUACUUUCCCAAGGAAAAAAAUCAGCAUUUCUCCCAAAAAAAAGGUUUUAUUCCUAUGAAGGGAAGUAUUUCUUUUAAGUCACAUUUUUCUGAUAAAUGGCAUUUUCUCAUAAAUAUUUUCUUACAGAGAAAAAGUUGCUUUUGAGCCAUUGUGGUUUGGUGGUGUGCCGUGAGAUAUUUCUAAUGUAAAAUGGGUGCCUUGGCUCAAUAAAGGCUGGGAAACCCUG